AUGGUGCAUUACAAAAGAACUAGCAAGUUACGCCGAAUCGUCGGUUGUGGCGUAAUAGUAAUUUUAAUGAUGCGUCUGCUUGUGAUUUAUAUAGAAAAAGAUACAUAUGAGGAAUCAGCACAACUUCAAACAGGGUCAAAGAAAGGUCAUGUAAUUGAUCGACGAAGUCAGAAGUACAGUGAAGUAAACUUUCCGUGUAUAGAGCCGUGGUGUGUUGUUACUUGUAUGAAUUUAUGUGCUGCCAUACAUGGCGAACAUUUAUCGCCCGAACAACGCAUUCACAUUGCUAUCGACAAAGGGCUAGAUAACGAAACCAAUCAAUUGAUAUCGCAAUAUCCGCCGCCCAAAACAUGUACUUACAGUAAUAUUAGUAGUGGAUCUUCAUUUCUUCGACAGCCAUUCACGGUUAAUUAUUUCCCAUUAGCAUUUGGCUUCAUCGAAACAUACCUGCUGGACACAAUUUCUCGUACAGUUUACUACGAGGAUAAACGUCAGGUGGUGAAUGAAACGUGUAUACCCAAGAAAAGUAGAGAUUUUAGCAGAUUAAUACCAGGCGAUCUUACCACAUACGAAUUUCAAUUUGGUAACGAGGCUGAAUAUAAGCGGCGAUACAGGAAUGCGUAUUUUGCAAUUACCAAGAAAAAAGGUGGAUGGGAUUGCAACAGACAUUACGAAAUUAUAGCAUCUGCAGCUAUGCCAUAUUUUGAUAAUCUGAACGAGUCAGGAAACUUCACGUUACGUCACUUGCCCAAGUCUCUGUUAAAUGACGCUCGUAAUAUGCAUGGUAUUAAAAGAACUGAAAUGAAAUUAGAUCGCGCUGUUUUUAACUUCACACACUACUUUAUCCUAUUGCAUCGAUUAAUCUACUAUUCACGACACCGCUUAACAACACGAAAAUUGACAGAGUACAUACUAAAAACAGUGAACUAUUCCCAACAUCAAAAUACGUCUGCGAGAAAUUCUGUUCUUUAUAUAUCCCAUGUCUCACCCGAUUACAUGAAAGACCUGAUGUUACAUG